AUGAACAACCCCUAUCCCACUCCUACACCAAGCCCUCCGGAAGGUGACGGCUUUGUCUUAUCUCAAUCUCCGCUAACAGUCCUUGCGUCCUCCCGCGCCGUCGUCUCGAGUCAGCUUACUCCAGCAACGAUCACUAUUUCACGGCUGACUGGCAAGAUCACCUCAGUCACAAAAUCUGUCAUCCCGCGUACAGCAUUUCCUGCCGGCACAAACUAUACGGACUACUCUCCCCAUAUUCUUCUUCCAGGCAUUGUCGAUGCUCAUGUUCACCUCAAUGAGCCAGGCCGCACAGAAUGGGAGGGAUUCUAUACUGGUACGAGAGCUGCGGCCUCUGGCGGAGUCACUACGGUCAUCGAUAUGCCCCUGAAUGCUAUACCACCUACAACCACAAUUGCAGGCCUGAAAGAAAAGGUCGCAGCUGCUCAGGGAAAAUGCUGGGUUGACGUUGGGUUUUAUGGAGGCAUCAUACCCGGCAAUGUUCAAGAACUCAGGCCUCUUGUUGCGGCCGGCGUUCGUGGCUUCAAAGGCUUCCUCAUUGACAGUGGUGUGCCGGAGUUCCCAGCUGUGUCAUCCACCGAUAUUUCCGCGGUACUGCACGAAUUGAAAGACCAAAAGACAACAGUCAUGUUCCACGCCGAAAUGAUCCCACCCAUUAGUGACUCGGUCGGUGACGACGUGCAGCAUUCACUCCCACCCCUUGCACCAAUCGGUCCUUUGAACGAAUACAAAACUUUUCUUGCCUCAAGACCAAGUUCAUUCGAAACAUACGCAAUAGCGGAGAUCAUAUCUCUUGCGCACCUGGCACCAGCUCUUCCCUUGCAUAUCGUUCAUCUCUCAGCUAUCGAAGCAAUUCCGCUCCUUCGAGAAGCACGAUCCGCAGGUAUAAAAAUCACAGCAGAGACAUGCUUCCACUACCUCAGCCUUGUCGCAGAAAAGAUACAGCAUGGUGACACACGACACAAGUGUUGCCCACCCAUUCGCACCCAAUCGAACCAAGACGGGCUGUGGAGCGAAUUACUUAGACCAGAUGAUAGCGUCAUCAAGACAAUCGUGUCCGACCAUUCACCCUGCACGCCUGAGCUGAAAUUGCUACCUCCCGCUGUCGCCGAUGUUCAGCACGGCUUGCACACCCCACCGUCGGAGGACGGCGACAUAUGUAACGAAAAUCUGGGCAACUUUUUCUCCGCAUGGGGUGGAGUAUCCUCUGUUGGUCUUGGUCUCCCAAUCCUCUGGACCGAAGCAAAAGAGAAUCACCGUGACGUCUCGCCAGUCGAUGUGGCCAGAUGGUGCAGUGAGAACACAGCUAAACAGGUCGGAUUAGAUCAUUGCAAGGGCAAGUUGGAAACAGGGCACGACGGUGACAUAUGUAUCUUCGAUGACUCGACAGAGUGGGUUGUGGGUGUAGGAGGCCAAGGAAUGCUCUUCAGAAAUAAAGUCACUGCAUACCAGGGGAAGAAGAUGACUGGGAAGGUCAGAGAGACCUGGCUGAAGGGGCAGAAAGUGUGGGAUGGUCAGACUAGUGGGGAUGGGUUCGGUGGGCGUAAGCCUGCCGGACACUUACUGCUUGAGCCAAGGAGAAGGUAA